CUGAGGAAGAGGUUUCGUGAACCCAGUGAUGUUAACCAUGGGGAUAAGACCAGCUGGUGGCGGUUUAAGGGACAUAGACGUGCAAAGGGGUGCAGGGGACAUGGACAAACAGCUGGAGGUCACCUGGGACUUUGUACAUAGGACAUGAUGCCAGGGACCUGCCGGGAAGAGCAGGGCAGGCUGGGCUCGCGAGGAGGCUGGGGGGACUCUGGCCCGCAGCGGGGGCAGGGGACACGGGGAAGGAUGUGGACUUCCUGGGCUGGGCUCCUGGCUGCUCUGGACACUGGACUCCGACCCAGUGCCCGGCCGUCAGCCUCCCCCAGUCCUGUCACCGUCGCCACCACCGCUGCCGCCAUGCCGCCCUCGGGGACUGUGCUUCUCGUGGCUCUGCUCCUGGCGGCCGGCUCACUGGGUCGGGGGGCUCGGCGGCCGCCCCGGCCCCCGUCCCUCCUCAGCACCAUCCAGCCCAAGGCCGGUUUCGACGCUCAGAAGUUUGCAGGGACCUGGCUCCUCGUGGCCCUGGGCUCCGCCUGCCGCGUCCUGCAAGAGCAGAGCCACCGGGCUGAGGCCACCACACUGCAUGUGGCUCCCCAGGGCACAGCCAUGGCUGUCAGCACCUUCCGAAAGCUGGAUGGGAUCUGCUGGCAGGUGCGCCAGCUCUACAGAGACACGGGGGUCCCUGGCCGCUUCCUGCUCCAAGCCAGAGGCGCCCGAGGGGCCGUGCACGUGGUUGUCGCUGAGACAGACUACCAGGAUUUCGCCAUCCUGUACCUGGAGCGGGCAGGGCGGCUGUCGGUGAAGCUGUACGCCCGCUCCCUCCCUGUGAGCGACUCGGUCCUGAGUGGGUUUGAGCGGUGGGUCCAGGAGGCCCACCUGACUGAGGACCAGGUCGUGUUCUUCCCCAAGUACGGCUUCUGCGAGGCUGCGGACCAGUUCCACGUCCUGGACGAGGUGAGGAGGUGAGGCCAGUGCCCAAGAGAAGACCCUGCUGGAGGGGACCCCGCCGGAGGAGGCGCCUGCAGCCCCUCCUCACUGAGCCCCGGGCACCACCAAGAGGUCUCAGCCAGGGUCCAGGGCCUGCCCCACCUCAGGGUCUCCUGUCGUCUGUCCUGGGAGGCUGUCCCUGCACCCCAAGCUCAGUGGUGUGGGAGGCAUUCGUUUUAAUUAAAUGUCUUAGACUGAGCCCCUGACUCCUUCUGUCCACCUGGACCUGCCCCGGCUCCAAAAGCUUUCUCCAGACCCUCCCUGCACCUGCCCCCGGGCUCUGUUUGCUGGAGGUCACCAUACCAGCCGCUCUGGUGGCCUGGAAGGGGUGUUCCUCCCGGCACACCCACACCCCGUGCCCUGAUGGGGUCCUGGCAUCCAGCCUGUCUCCAAGGCUGUCCCUCCCUGGCCACUGUCCUGCAAACCCCAGGCUGCCUCCCAGAGGGGCCGGCUCCACCCACUGCUGUCCUGUCAGCCUCCUCCUAGCCACGCCGCUGCGAGCUGGCCCACCAGGGUCGGGUUGGCGCUGCCCAUCCAGGCCCUGCAGGCAUCACCUUCAAGUUCUGUCCACCUUCACUGUCCCCUUGGGAACCUUUUGGGAGAACUUGGGGGAGGGUCUGCUCUGUCCUGAGGGCAAACUGCAGCCCUGGGCUGGGGCUGGGCGCCCGGGGAGCUGGGUGUCAGCUCAGCCCAGCCGGGCCUGGAACUGGCCUCGGAGUUGCUCAUGUCUCAGGCCCUGCCUGGCAUCCAUCCCAUAAGCAUUUCUGAAGUGCCCACGGUGUACCAGGUCCUGGGGCCACAGGGAGGGCAGGUCCCUACCCUGGAGCUCAAAGUCCAGCAUGCAGCCACCAGUGGACCAGGUGGGGUGGAGGCGUCUCAGGCCAUGGGAGGACGCAGGACACCCAGGCUGCAGCUGCAGAGCAGGAAGGACCACUGUCCCCUCCCUGGAGGUCCUGGCCCAGCCCUGCCCACCUUGCCGCUGGCCCAGUCCAGACAAGGACAGAGGGCACGCAGCUUGGGCGGGUGGUUGCUGGGAAGAGCCAGCAGCUGCCUGGAGGGGCACCGCGUCCUGUGGGGGAGCUCACCCUGCUGUGCCCACGCAGUGUUGCUCCGCAGCUGGGGUCCCGGGAGGGAGGGCAGGCAGACAGGGCUGGGGGAGGGGUGGGGCCCGGCUGCCAACACCUGGGCAGGAGAAGGCCCAGGAGGUCAUGCCCUCCUGAGGCUCCGGGUCCCGGAGACCACAAAACAGCAACGGGGCUCCCGCGUCACGUGGGCUUCCAGACUCAGAGCUGGCAACUCCUAAAGACCUUCAGCCACGUGGCCAGAGCCCGGGGAGAGCCCCACGCCCUCCAGAGAGUGAGGGUCUUGCCCUGAGACAGCUGGCUAGGUCGGUGGGCCCCUCCCUUUUCUCAGGGAAGGAGCGAGCCGUCCUCCCUCAGGGAGGGCCGAGUGUCCGCGGGGUGGCGCCAGAGACCCUCCCAAACAACCGUGGGUGCCGCGGUUGGUGUUGGCGUGUCCCGGGCCCAACCAUCCACAUCCUGGUCUGGACGGGCCGCGUGAGCCCUGCAGCCCCGUGGCUCUUCACGCCCACCCAAGGGCACCGAGAGCUGAAACGGCAGCGCAUUUUAUUUUCAAACAAUUACUUAAUAAGCUUUACUAAAAUUUUCAAAAAUUAGAUAAAGUUAUGAUAACUUCAUGUGAAUCAUUUUCAUUUGAAAGUAUUUUCUGGGUGGGUGU